AUGCAGUACAAGAAUAUCUUCUCUCUGGCGUUGGCCUCCCUGGUCUCCGCUCAGACACCGAGCUUGAGCGACGCUCUAGGUUCUCAAAACUCGACGCUGUCGUCGUUGAACACUCUUCUCGAAUCAAACUCCCAAAUUGCCGAGUCCCUAAGCAGGUUGCGAAAUGUUACCAUUUUGGCACCGAGCAACGAUGCUUUCAGCGCUCUGACAAGCAACAAGGAAAACGCCUUGCUACUUGCCAACUCUGAUUAUUUGCAGGCUCUAUUGAACUACCAUAUCCUCAAUGGUACACAUUAUAACGACAGCUUUGGGGAUGAUACGACUUUUAUUCCAACGUUGCUGACCAACAAUACGUAUGCCAACGUUACCGGCGGUCAGGUUGUCGAGGCCCGACUUCGAGACAAUAACGUCACUUUCUUUAGUGCCCUGAAGGAGAAUGCCACCAUCGUCACUCCUAAUGUGAACUUCACUGGAGGCACAAUCCACAUCAUCGAUAGCGUCCUCACCAUUCCUCAGAACAUAUCGGAAACUCUUUCCAACGCAAACCUUACUGCUGCUGAGGGUGCUAUCCGCACGGCUAAUUUGACUGACUCGGUCGUUGAUGCGCGUGACAUUACCAUCUUCGCUCCGAACAACGAUGCCUUCAACGCCGUUGGAAGCAUCGUCAGUAACCUUACUUCGGACGAGUUGACCAGCAUCGUGGGUUACCAUGUGAUUAACGGCUCCGUCAACUACAGCACGGAUUUCCAGAACACCACGCUUACUGCUGUCAACGGGGAGAAUAUCACCAUUACCGUGGUGAAUGGGACCGUAUAUGCCAAUUCCGCCAAGGUCACAGUUCCAGACAUCUUAUUGGAGAAUGGCGUUGUUCACGUAGUUGAUCAAGUACUAAACCCUGAUAAUACAUCUGCGGCUCCUGAUACGACGGCUUCAUCCGCUACACCUGCGUUUACGAACGCCAGCUCGGGGUCUGAAGGUGUCCCUUUUACUAGUGGUGUCACGACCCCUACCACUACUUUCCCCGCUGCCACAUCGGCGGGAGGUGAGACGGAGACGUCUAGCUCUUCGGGUGCGGCGAUGCCUAUGAAAACUGGCGUCGUAGGAGCAGCUGCUCUAUUUGGCGGUGCAGCUGUUAUCGUGAACUUGUAA